AUGGGCUGCGCUCCCAGCAUCCAUAUCUCGGACAGCAGGGUGGUCUACCACAGCAACAAGGACCCCGAGGACUCGAACUCGUCACAGCAGCAGCAAGGCCACCCUGUCCCUGGAUUAUUCAUUAAAUCCUCCAACACCUCCACGUACAAGUUAAGGACGAACCCCUCCAAGAAGGAUAAGCGGGACCGCAACCGGAGCAUGGAAGUGGAGGCUCAGGCCGGAAGGUCUGGUGUGAAGGCGAUGGGAACAGAUAUGCAGUUUGGCCCUAUGAGACUCCACCAAGAUCAACUUCAGGUUCUUUUAGUAUUUGCCAAAGAAGACAACCAGAGUAAUGGGUUCUGCUGGGCAUGUGAGAAAGCUGGAUAUCGGUGUAACGUUGCCAGGACGCCUGAAUCUGCUCUCGAGUGUUUCCUGGAUAAGAACCAUGAAAUCAUCAUUAUUGAUCAUAGACAUUCGAGACACUUUGAUGCAGAAUCACUAUGCAGGUCCAUCAGAUCAACAAAAUCAGCUGAAAACACUGUUAUUAUUGGUGUCGUGCGAAGGCAUACAGAUCGUGAAGAAUCCUCAAUAUUGCCCCUCCUUUCUGCUGGCUUCACAAGGCGGUACGUAGAAAACGCCAACAUCAUGGCCUGUUACAAUGAACUCAUCCAGCUGGAAUUUGGAGAAGUGCGGGCACAAUUUAAACUAAGGGCUUGUAAUUCAAUAUUUACGGCAUUAGAGAAAAGUCAAGAAGCUAUUGAGAUCACAAGCGAAGACCAUGUAAUACAGUACAUAAAUCCUGCGUUUGAAACAAUGAUGGGCUACGAAAAAGGCGAAUUAAUAGGAAAGGAAUUAACAGAAGUGCCUACAAACGAAAAAAAAGCGGAUCUCCUUGAAACUAUUAAUUCUUGCAUCAAGAUCGAAAAGGAAUGGCAAGGAGCAUAUUACGCCAAAAAGAAAAAUGGAGAGACCAUACAGCAAAAUGUGAAAAUAAUACCUGUCAUUGGACAGGGAGGAAAAAUUAGACACUAUGUGUCAAUUAGCAGCCCAUGCAACGACAAUAAUAAGGCCGAAAGGGUCUGCGAAACUGUUCAGGCUGAGUCCCAGACAGAUAUCCAGUCCUGCCGACACAAAGACAGGAGGAAAGGUUCUUUAGAUGUCCGAUCGACCACGUCUCGGGGCAGCGAUGGCGGUUCACAGAGAAGGCACUCGUCUAUGGCCAGGAUACAUUCCAUGACUAUUGAAGCGCCUAUUACUAAGGUGAUCAAUAUUAUCAAUGCCGCACAAGAAAGCAGUCCCAUGCCGGUCGCUGAAGCUUUAGAUCGCGUCCUUGAGAUUCUGAGGACCACCGAGCUGUACUCUCCGCAGCUUGGGACAAAAGAUGAAGACCCUCAUACAAAUGACCUUGUCGGAGGCUUAAUGACGGACGGUCUACGAAGAUUAUCAGGGAAUGAGUAUAUAUUAUCAGCAAAACAAACACAUCAGGUUCCAGGCAGCUUAAUCUCGCCUAUUUCCCUUAAUGAUAUACCACCACGAAUAGCACAAGCAAUGGAAAACGAAGAACAUUGGGACUUUAAUAUCUUUGAAUUGGAAGCAGCGACCCAUAAAAGGCCUUUGGUUUAUCUUGGUCUCAAAAUGUUUGCUCGCUUCGGGAUCUGCGAGUUCCUCGACUGCUCCGAACUGACGCUGCGGUCGUGGCUGCAAAUUAUCGAAGCCAAUUACCACUCGUCCAAUUCUUACCACAAUUCGACCCACGCCGCCGACGUCCUCCACGCCACAGGCUACUUCCUUUCUAAAGAAAGGGUAAAACAAACUUUGGAUCCCAUCGACGAAGUCGCUGCCCUCCUAGCUGCCACCGUUCACGAUGUGGAUCACCCGGGCCGGACGAAUUCUUUCCUGUGCAACGCAGGGAGUGAGCUGGCCGUUUUGUACAACGACACAGCGGUGCUGGAGAGCCAUCACGCCGCCUUGGCCUUCCAGCUCACCACGCGGGACGAGAAAUGCAAUAUUUUUAAAAACAUGGAGAGGAACGAAUACCGAACCCUCCGGCAAGCCAUCAUCGACAUGGUCCUGGCGACGGAAAUGACCAAGCACUUUGAACACGUCAACAAGUUUGUCAACAGCAUCAAUAAGCCCCUGGCGGCCCUCGAGGAGACUGGAAGUACAAGCAGCGAAGGCGAAUCCGUCAAAAAUGUCCUCACGUCUCCCGAGAACCGAAUCCUGAUUAAGCGGAUGCUGAUUAAGUGCGCUGAUAUUUCCAACCCGUGUCGGUCUCUGGAGCAGUGCGUGGAGUGGGCCGGUCGCAUCUCUGAGGAAUAUUUUGCACAGACAGAUGAAGAGAAGAGGCAAGGUUUGCCCGUGGUGAUGCCCGUUUUUGACAGGAACACUUGCAGCAUCCCCAAAUCUCAAAUAUCGUUCAUUGAUUAUUUCAUCACCGACAUGUUCGAUGCUUGGGACGCGUUUGCAGACCUGCCAAAUUUGAUGCAACACCUGGACAACAACUUCAAGUACUGGAAGGGGCUGGACGACAGGAAGCUUCGGACUCUUCGGCCCCCGGUCGAAUAGCCAUCACCCCCCC